AUGGCGAGAGGGAGCAGAUCAGUGACGAGUGGCAAGUGGAGGUACUGCCACCCUUCCUAUUACCUGAAGCGCCCAAAGCGUCUUGCUUUGCUCUUCAUCGGUUUCGUUUGCGUUUCUUUCGUUGUUUGGGACCGUCAAACGCUAGUCAGAGAGCACCAGGUUGAAGUUUCAGAGCUAAGGAAAGAAGUGAAAGAUUUGCAAAAUUUGUUGGGUGAGUUAAAUAACAAACAAGGUGGCGCUUCUGGGAAUAUUGACUUGAGGAGUAAAUCUAACAAGUCCAGUAAAGAGGUCCUAGUUGAUCCCAUUGAUAACGAGAGGAGGGAAAAAGUUAAAGAAGCAAUGCUUCAUGCUUGGGGAUCUUAUGAGAAGUAUGCAUGGGGCCAAGAUGAACUUCAGCCACAAUCAAGGAGUGGUGUCAAUAGCUUUGGAGGUCUUGGAGCAACUUUAAUAGAUUCUCUUGAUACACUAUAUAUUAUGGGUCUCAAUGAGCAGUUUCAGAAAGCACGAGAAUGGGUUGCAAACUCUUUGGAUUUUAACAAGGAUUAUGACGCAAGUGUUUUUGAGACAACCAUAAGAGUAGUAGGUGGUCUUCUUAGUGCAUAUGAUCUUUCAGGUGACAAAGUUUUCCUUGACAAAGCUAGAGACAUUGCUGACAGAUUACUGCCUGCAUGGAAUACACCUACAGGAAUUCCUUAUAACAUCAUUAAUUUGUCACAUGGACGAGCACACAACCCUGGAUGGACUGGGGGUGAGAGUAUCUUGGCAGAUUCUGGCACUGAACAACUGGAAUUCAUUGUUCUAUCUCAAAGGACUGGAGACCCAAAGUAUCAGCAGAAGGUAGAAAACGUGAUAGCCCAGCUAAAUAAAACAUUUCCUGAUGAUGGAUUACUUCCUAUCUACAUUAAUCCUCAUAGUGGGACCUCAGGCUACUCUCCUAUCACAUUUGGUGCCAUGGGUGAUAGUUUUUAUGAGUACUUGCUCAAAGUUUGGAUACAAGGGAAUAAGACUUCAGUCGUAAAACAUUAUAGAGAUAUGUGGGAGAAAUCAAUGAAAGGACUGUUAAGUUUGAUUCGGAGAUCGACACCUUCUUCUUUUGCUUAUAUAUGUGAGAAAAAUGGAGGAUCUCUCACAGACAAAAUGGAUGAACUAGCAUGCUUUGCUCCAGGAAUGGUUGCUUUGGGAUCAUUUGGUUAUAGUGCUGCUGAUGAUUCACAGAAGUUUCUGUCACUUGCAGAAGAGCUUGCUUGGACAUGUUAUAACUUCUACCAAUCAACUCCAACAAAAUUGGCUGGAGAGAAUUAUUUCUUUCAUUCUGGGCAGGACAUGAGUGUGGGCACAUCAUGGAACAUACUGAGGCCAGAGACAGUCGAGUCCCUCUUUUACCUUUGGCGAUUAACUGGCAAUAAAACAUACCAAGAAUGGGGUUGGAAUAUAUUUCAAGCUUUUGAGAAGAACUCCCGCAUAGAGUCAGGCUAUGUUGGACUGAAGGAUGUUAAUAGUGGAGUCAAAGACAAUAUGAUGCAAAGCUUCUUUCUUGCUGAGACCCUGAAGUAUUUUUAUCUUCUCUUCUCGCCUUCUUCAGUCAUUUCCUUAGAUGAAUGGGUAUUCAACACGGAAGCCCACCCUCUGAGGAUUGUGACCAGACAUGAAGAGGGGCUUGAUAAGAAUUUAAAUGAGAAGCAAAAACCUUUUUCUAGAAUAGGUGGCAGGAAAGAAGGAAGGUCAGGUUAG